AUGUCAGGAUACUCCAACGUCGGUACCAGCGGUGUCUACGAGGCUGGCGACCAGAGGAACGUCAAGAACUCGGAACUUCAGGACGCCGACCGAUUCCACGAGGGCAACAUCCACUCCCACGUUGCCAACGACUCUAAGGACCAGAGAUCAAUUGCCAACAGACUCGCCGCUGAGGAGAAGAAGGCCAAGGAGGGAGAUGAAGGUGAUGACGCCGAGACUCGCCAGUCUAAGAUUGAUCCCACUCUCCCCGCCAAGAUGCACGGUAACGAGCCUUCAGCAGGCGCCAAGGUCGACGCCCAGCUGCAGGCUGAAGAUGAGGAGCGCCUCAGACAGAAGGGCAAGGCAUGA